AAUAAAUGCACCAAAACAUGCAACUGAUUUCACAUUCAUUAACAACCACAUCAAACACGAGCAAGCAUUAAGCAUACCCUUAUUUUGUUUUUACAUAAUCAUACAAAGAUAGCCACCAUUCAUUAAAUUACAAUUAUUCAUGAGACCUGAACACACGUAUCCUCAACGACUAAAAGUAAACAUUUAAUGCAAGCGAAGCUUCGCGUUUCGAUUUCCAUUUUUUGUCUCCCUGCUGCUAUACCUCCAAAUCCAACACGCUUCCCAAUGGCUUCAAUUUCCUCAUGUUCUUGAGUAACUCUUAUUUUAUUCCGGGAAUCACCAACACAUGAGUUUUGAUCAAUAAAGAAAAACAAUAGAAGAAGCAAAAAAGGAAAGAGAUACUCCAAACAGCAACAUAAAUGUCAGAGCAGGAAACAGAUUCCUGCGGCUUGCUCUUAUUCUUUUUCUUGAUCCUUCUUUCAGGUAAAGUUGCUGUAGGGGAAUCUUUGGACAAAGACAAAGAGGUUCUGCUGAAGCUGAAAUUUUACCUGGACAGCAAAAUUCUUGCAGACAGAGGAGGUUACAUAUAUUGGAACGCCAAUAGCUCCAAUCCUUGUGAAUGGAAAGGAAUUUCAUGCAGUGCUACGAAGAGGGUGGUUGGCAUAGAACUUUCUAAUAGUGACAUCACCGGUGAGAUAUUCAUGAAUUUUUCGCAGCUCACUGAACUCACACACCUUGAUCUCUCUCAGAACACGCUCUCCGGCGAGAUUCCUGAGGACUUGAGGCACUGCCACAAGCUUGUACAUCUCAACCUAUCACAUAAUAUUCUUGAAGGGGAGCUGAACUUGACUGGAUUGAUAGGCUUGCGCACAUUAGACUUGUCAAAUAACAGAUUUUAUGGGGAUAUUGGGUUGAAUUUCCCUUCCAUUUGUGCCAAUUUAGUCGUUGCGAAUGUCUCAGGUAAUAAAUUGACUGGUGUGAUUGAAAACUGCUUUGAUCAAUGUCUCAAGUUGCAGUACUUGGAUUUGAGCACCAACAAUCUGAGUGGAAGCAUAUGGAUGAAGUUUUCGAGGCUCAAAGAGUUUUCUGUUGCGGAGAACCAUCUAAAUGGGACUAUUCCUUUGGAAGCUUUUCCUUUGAAUUGUAGCCUUCAAGAACUAGACCUUUCACAAAAUGGAUUUGCUGGUGAGGCACCUAAGGGGGUUGCUAACUGCAAGAAUUUAACAAGUCUGAAUCUUUCUAGUAACAAAUUUACUGGGGCUAUUCCCGUUGAAAUAGGGUCCAUCUCGGGCCUCAAAGCAUUGUACUUGGGAAACAACAGCUUUUCAAGAGAGAUUCCUGAGGCCCUUCUGAACUUGACCAAUUUGUCCUUCUUGGAUUUGAGCAGAAACCAAUUUGGUGGGGACAUACAAAAGAUAUUUGGCAAAUUUAAGCAAGUAAGCUUUCUUCUGUUGCAUUCAAAUAAUUACAGUGGGGGAUUGAUAUCCUCAGGAAUUCUCACAUUGCCAAACAUUUGGCGGUUAGACCUAAGCUACAAUAACUUUUCAGGUCUAUUACCUGUUGAGAUUUCUCAAAUGACUGGUCUGAAGUUUCUGAUGUUAUCCUACAACCAAUUCAAUGGAUCCAUUCCAACCGAAUUUGGAAACAUGACUCAACUGCAGGCACUCGACCUUGCCUUCAACAAUUUGAGUGGAUCUAUACCCUCAAGCCUUGGAAACUUGAGCUCCCUCUUAUGGUUGAUGCUUGCAAACAAUUCUUUAACUGGAGAAAUCCCUCGAGAGUUGGGAAACUGUUCAAGCUUGUUAUGGCUAAACCUUGCCAACAAUAAGCUCUCUGGAAAGUUGCCUUCUGAACUGUCCAAAAUUGGAAGGAAUGCCACGACCACAUUUGAAUCGAAUAGGCAAAACUAUCGAAUGGUUGCUGGAUCUGGUGAAUGCUUAGCAAUGAGGAGAUGGAUACCUGCGGAUUACCCUCCAUUCAGCUUUGUGUACAGCCUCUUAACCAGGAAAACUUGUAGAGAGCUUUGGGACAAAUUGCUCAAAGGAUAUGGUGUUUUCCAGAUUUGCACACCUGGUGAAAGAAUUCGCAGAACACAGAUAUCCGGGUAUAUUCAGCUAAGUUCGAACCAGCUCAGUGGUGAAAUCCCUUCAGAAAUUGGGACUAUGGUGAACUUCAGCAUGAUGCACAUGGGGUUUAACAACUUCUCUGGGAAGUUCCCUCCAGAGAUUGCAAGUAUUCCCAUUGUGGUGCUAAACAUCACAAGUAACCAGUUUUCAGGUGAAAUCCCCGAAGAAAUUGGCAACUUGAAGUGUUUGAUGAAUCUUGACUUGUCUUGCAACAACUUCUCUGGGACGUUUCCAACAAGUUUGAACAAAUUGACAGAGCUUAACAAGUUCAACAUCUCAUACAACCCCUUAAUAUCCGGUGUGGUUCCAUCAACAGGACAGUUUGCUACCUUUGAGAAAAAUUCAUAUUUAGGCAACCCCUUUCUGAUCCUUCCCGAGUUUAUUGAUAACGUUACCAACAAUCAAAACAACACCUUUCCCAAAGCGCAUAAAAAGUCCACAAGACUGUCUGUGUUUUUGGUGUGUAUAGUUAUAACACUGGUUUUGGCAGUAUUCGGACUUCUUACAAUCCUAGUCUGUGUAUCGGUGAAAAGCCCUUCAGAGGAACCAAGAUACCUCUUGAGGGAUACAAAACAGUGGCAUGAUUCUAGCAGCUCCGGAUCCUCAUCAUGGAUGUCUGACACAGUUAAGGUUAUCCGUUUGAACAAGACAGCUUUCACACAUGCUGAUAUUCUCAAAGCAACUAGCAGCUUCUCAGAGGAAAGAAUCAUAGGAAAAGGAGGAUUUGGAACAGUGUACAAGGGAGUGUUUUCAGAUGGCAGACAAGUAGCAGUGAAGAAGCUUCAGAGGGAAGGCCUCGAAGGAGAAAAAGAAUUCAAGGCUGAAAUGGAGGUUCUGAGUGGUCAUGGAUUUGGCUGGCCUCAUCCAAACCUGGUCACGCUCUACGGUUGGUGCCUAAAUGGUUCAGAGAAGAUACUGAUUUAUGAGUACAUAGAAGGUGGAAGCUUGGAGGAUUUAGUCACUGAUAGAACACGUUUGACAUGGAGGAGGAGGCUAGAAGUGGCAAUUGAUGUGGCACGUGCACUAGUCUAUUUGCACCACGAGUGCUACCCUUCUGUUGUGCACAGAGAUGUGAAGGCUAGCAAUGUAUUACUAGACAAAGAUGGGAAGGCCAAGGUCACUGAUUUUGGGCUUGCAAGAGUGGUUGAUGUUGGGGACAGUCAUGUGAGUACUAUGGUGGCUGGGACAGUAGGCUAUGUUGCACCAGAAUAUGGACACACAUGGCAAGCUACUACAAAAGGGGAUGUGUACAGUUUUGGGGUGUUGGUUAUGGAGUUGGCAACAGCAAGAAGAGCAGUGGAUGGAGGUGAAGAGUGUUUGGUGGAGUGGGCUAGGCGUGUUAUGGGUUAUGGACGACAUCAUCGCGGGUUGGGUCGUUCUGUUCCAGUUUUGCUAAUGGGUUCUGGGCUUGUUGGUGGGGCUGAGGAGAUGGGUGAGUUGCUAAGGAUUGGGGUGAUGUGUACUGCUGAUUCACCACAGGCUAGACCCAACAUGAAGGAGGUUCUUGCUAUGCUGAUUAAGAUAUCUAAUCCCAAGGGGUACUCAAGUUAUGGACACUACCUUGUUUAGCCAUUUUGUGUUUAGGGGAUUUUGAUGGAUCUGGGAGAAAAAAAAAAUGUGCAUAGGAUAAGGUGUAGCAUAGUUUACAUAGAAACAAUAUGUCAUGCACAGUUGAUUCUUCUAUUGUAUGUACACAGAAACUUCAUUCAUUAUGUUAAAGAAGUCGCUCAAUUUUGUUGUGUAAAACGUAUUGCAAUAGUGAUUUUACAUUUUUACGUUU